AUGUCAGCAUUGAUUUCUUCCUCAUGGCUAAGGUCCUGUGUUCACAGUCUCAGAUCUGUGGAUGGACUUCAACGCAGCAAGACAUGGAAAUCAUGCAGCACAAGUUGGCUCCAGUGGUGUCGGUCACUCCAUGUAGACAGUCCUCCUCACAAACCAUUUCUGACCAGCAGCUACGUCCACGGCACCUCCUCCUUCUCUCUGCUCCCCAUGACUGUAGGUCAGAGCCUGGACUCUGCUGCCCAGCGCUGGCCUGACCGUGAGGCUGUGGCCUUCCUGCAGGACGGUGUUCGGAAAACCUUUGCACAGUUUCAGCAAGAUGUUGACAAGGUGGCUGCAGGUCUCCUUGCUCUGGGCCUGAAGCGAGGUGAACGACUGGGAGUUUGGGGACCCAACACAUAUGAAUGGAUCCUUUUCCAGUUUGCUUCAGCCAAGGCUGGAAUUAUACUGGUGUCACUGAACCCGGCCUAUCAGGUGAAGGAAGUGGAGUUCACUCUAAAGAAGGUCCAGUGUAAAGCAGUGGUCUGCCCUACCCGCUUUAAAACCCAAAACUUCUGUGACAUGCUGAGAGAGAUCUGCCCAGAGAUCGACACCACACCAGUGGGCGCCAUCAAGAGCUCCAGGGUACCAGACCUGCGCAUGGUGAUUGUAACAGAUAGCAGACAGCCAGGGAUGCUCCAUGUAGAGGAUGUGAUUCAAGCAGGGGAGAGUCGGCACCACAAAGAACUGAUGGAUCUGCAGAGCAAGAUGUCGUUUGAUGAACCCAUCAACAUUCAGUUCACAUCAGGGACUACUGGGAGUCCAAAGGGAGCCACUCUUUCUCACCACAAUAUUGUAAAUAAUGCCUACUUCCUGGGUCUCCGAAUGGGUUAUGGAUUGAGACCUCAGGUGCGGGUGUGUGUACCUGUACCUAUGUACCACUGCUUCGGCUCUGUGCUUGGAGGAAUGAGUAUGGCAGUGCAUGGCAUCACACUGGUCUUCCCUUCCGUUGGCUAUGACAGCCGAGCCAACCUAGAAGCCAUUCAGAAUGAAAAGUGCAAUAUCGUGUACGGCACUCCCACAAUGUUCACCGACAUGGUUAACCAACAGGAGUUACACAAGUAUGAUAUGUCAUCAGUUGAAGCUGGGAUCAUGGGAGGUUCUCCGUGCCCUGCUGAGAUUAUAAGAAAACUGAAAACAAACAUGAAUAUGAAAGAGAUAACGAUAUGUUACGGAACCACUGAGAAUAGCCCUAUUACAUUUUUGGGAUUCCCACAAGACAUUGAGGAGCUGAAGAUAAAUACUGUUGGAUGUAUCAUGCCCCACACUGAAGCUAAAGUGGUUGAGCCCGCUACAGGGGAGAUGGUCCCUUUGGGGGCCUCAGGAGAGCUGAUGAUCAGAGGCAGUUGUGUGAUGCAUGGGUACUGGGAUGAUCCUGACAAAACCAGAGAGGCUAUCUCCCAAGACCGCUGGUACAGGACUGGGGACACAGCCAGUCUGAACAGUUUGGGAUACUGUCGCAUUGAAGGACGCAUAAAAGACAUGAUCAUCCGAGGAGGGGAAAACAUCUACCCUGCUGAGAUAGAGCAGUUUCUCUUCACACAUCCCAAAGUGCAGGAGGUGCAGGUGGUUGGAGUGAAAGAUGAGAGGCUUGGUGAGCAGGUGUGUGCCUGCAUCAGGCUGAAGGAGGGCCAAACCUCCAGUGCAGAGGAGAUAAAAGCAUUCUGCAAAGGCCAGAUUUCUCACUUCAAGAUCCCUCACUAUGUGAUCUUUGUAGACAGCUACCCCCUGACUGCAUCUGGAAAGAUCAAGAAGAACAAAUUAAAGGUAGCUAUGGAGAAGAAAUUGGGCCUUGUGGAAUGAUGGAUUUUAAAUGCACCUACUGUACUAGGAAAGCCAGAAACCGAGCAGUGGAAAGAAAAGCUUUCUUUACCAAGAGCUGAAAUGGGACAAUAUAACUGAUCGGCUGCUGAAACGUCUGCACUUUUCUUUUACUUCAGAUGUAUGACAAAACAAAUACUUCACUCCUUAUAACUUUGUGUAAAUGUUUACAUAAAAAUAAAGUGACCCUCUAUCAUC